AGUUUGACGUCCAGAUCCCUGCCUGUUCAUUGCACAAUGGCAAACGAACGUGACGUCGGCAAUGGGGAAAGAAAGCCCGUACGUAUUUGGGUUGACGGAUGCUUUGACAUGAUGCAUUACGGGCAUGCGAAUGCUCUGAGACAGGCAAAAGCGUUUGGGGACUACCUAGUGGUAGGAGUGCACUCCGAUGCGGAAAUUGAAAAGCAUAAGGGGCCUACGGUUAUGAAGGAGGACGAAAGAUACGCGGCGGUGGCGGCAUGCAAAUGGGUUGACGAAGUUGUGAAGGAUGCGCCAUACUUCACCAACGUGGACAUGCUGGACAAGUACGAAUGCGAUUUUUGUGUGCAUGGUGAUGAUAUCACGACUUUGGCCGAUGGGACAGACUGUUAUCAGGCGGUGAAGGACGCUGGCCGGUAUAAGGAAUGCAAACGUACCCAAGGGGUGUCAACGACAGAACUUGUUGGACGUAUGCUUUUGAUGUCGACGGAGCAUUUACGGAGGAGGCCGUCUAUUGGGGCUGAUAGUAAUGCCGAAAAUCUGGAUAACUUUAGUGCGGGCUCAUCACAGUCACAACCCACUACCGCCAUCUCGCAUUUUCUACCAACCACUAGGCGUAUAGUUCAGUUUUCUGAAGGACGAGAGCCGAAGCCAGGCGACAAGGUCGUGUACGUCGAUGGUGGAUUUGACCUGUUCCAUGUAGGCCAUAUUGAGUUCCUCAAAAAGGCCAAAGAGCUCGGUGAUUAUCUCCUUGUGGGGGUACAUGAUGAUCGGUCGGUCCAUGCUGUUAAGGGUUCAAACUACCCUAUCAUGAACUUGCACGAGCGAGUUUUGAGUGUCUUGGCUUGCCGAUAUGUCGACGAAGUGAUUAUCGGUGCCCCGUAUAGUGUAACCAAGGAUGUUCUUGAAAAGGUGUACAAUGUGGGAGUUGUUGUGCAUGGUAGCAGUGCCAUUGAUCUGGACGUUGAUGGUAGCGACCCUUACCGUCUACCGAAAGAGCUUGGUAUCUUUGUGCAAAUUGAGUCACCAAAGGUCGGCUUGACCACGGAUUCUAUUGUGAACAGGAUUAUCGAGCACAGAAAAAUCUUUGAGGCGAGAAAUCGGCGCAAAGCAGAGAAGGCGAUACUGGAGGCGAAAAUGGAAGAAGAAGAACGACGAAAGACCGCAGCAAAUAUAGAAUUACAUCAGGAUUCAGUCCGAUAGAAACCCAGGUUUAUCAGGCAGUAUACAUUUUUAAGUGUAGAGAUGGGCUGGGUGCGUGGUAAGUUAGAUAUAUACAGUCAGCAUGGCCGCUCGUCAAAUACUAGGAUCCGAACAGAAAGUCAUAAACAUAUCCUAAAACUCCAUCCGAAAAAUAGCCGGGCUUGAUCCGAUUUCCAUGCGCA